AUGCGCUCCUGCCGGAGGGGUUCGUGGAGCGAACCGACGGCUGUGGGCUUGUUGUCAAGCGGUGGGCACCGCAGGUGGACAUGCUCCACCACAGGGCCAUGCGGGUGGAACUCGGUGCUGGAGGGGAUCAUGUCUGGUGUGUCGAUGUUGGGCUGGCUGCUGUACGCGGAGCACAGGAUGAACAAGGUGCUCAUGGUGGAGGAUCUGAGGAUCGCGGUGGAGAUGGUCGGGUGGCAGCAGGGGCUGGUCCGGACCGACGAGCUGGAGGCUAAGGUUAGGCUUGUGAUGGAGUCCCAGACAGGCAGGGAACUCCGGGAGCGAGUGUCUGUUCACCAGAAAGGCGACGCCAUGGCCUGGAGCAACGGUGGCUCGUCAUGGUCGGCUUUCGAGCGAUUCCUGUCGGACAUGAACUGCCGCUGUGGAGCCGCUGCUGGACAGUCCAUGUGCCCUUGAGCAGGCAUCAGACUUUCGGAGCCAGAGGAAAGAGGUGAUGGACAUGACUCGCUCUGCCGACAAAGUUCAGUUAAAAAUAAUUCAGUUGGGACAGUCCUGACGGACUUGUACCCAGGAUGUGAAGCAGAAUCACAUCUGUACUUACUUACCAACAAAAAAUUACACU